AUGGGAAAAGAAGUGCAGCAGCUGCUGACGGACUUUGGGGGUUUAUCUUUUGAACAAAUAAAAAAGAAAUUAAAAGAAAAGAGAGACUGGCUGACUGACGAGCAGCUUAAUGGGGUUUUGGUCAACAACGCCAUGCACGUCAACGGCAUUUGGGUUUUGAACUCUCUGGGAAACCCUCAAAUAGAUGCUGUUCGUUCUUCUCUCAUUAAAGUCUUCAGCAGUUCAAAUCCGCCCAACACCAAAAACAAAAUUGCUGCUGCUGUAGCUGCAGCAGCAACUGCUGCCACUGCAGCAGCAACUGUUGCUGCUGCAACACCUACUGUUUCUUCUGCUGCAAACGUUGCUGCUGCAGCAAAUCCUGAAGCUGCGGCGUCAACUGCUGCUGCUACUGCUGCUGCAGCAAAUGCUGCUGCUACUGCUGCUGCAGCAAAUGCUGCUGCUACUGCUGCUGCAGCAACUGCCACUGUCGCUGCAGCAGCUGCUGCUAAUACUGCUACAGUAACAGCAGGUGAUGCUGCAGCAAUUCCUGGUGUUGUGGCAGCAGCAGCUGCAGCAGCUGCUGCAGUAACUGCUGCUGCUGCUGCUACUGCUGCUGCAUUUCCAUUGAAGAAAACUCGAAGCUGA